CGCAUGCGCUCUACGCACUACGGCCCAAAGGCGUUGGUGGUUGGUGUCCGUCCGAAGAUGCGUUGCACUCCGGCAGCAUCAGUACCAGCUCCGCCGUGCUAACAAACCAAAAAGCGGGGGACGGAGGAGAAAUACCGGCGGAGUUUGCGGCUCGAGCGGCGCCGGUGCACCGGAGCGGCGAGAUGGGAGACCAGAAGGAAUCUUUGCGUAAGAUCACCCACACGCUGGCCAUGAAGAAUGAGGAGAUUUCAAACUUCAUCUGCACUCUCAAACAGAGCCUUGACAACUUAGAGGCGAACUCCAGCAGAGUCCAGGAGGACCUGGAGUCUGAGUUCACCUCCCUCCACUCUGUUCUGGACGAGAUGAAGGAAAACAUGGUGACGCGCAUCAAACAGGAGAGAGCCAGCCGCACGUAUGAGCUCCAGGGUCAGCUGAGUGCCUGUUCCAAAGCCCUGGAGAGUUCGGAGGAGCUGCUGGAGCUGGCCAACCAGACGCUGUGCUCCUCUGAGACGGACGGUUUCACUCAGGCGGCCAAAGACAUUAAGGAUAGCGUGACGAUGGCUCCAGCCUUUCGCCUCUCCCUGAAGGCUAAAGCCAGUGACAACAUGAGUCACUUAAUGGUGGAUUUCAGCCAGGAGAGGGGGAUGUUGCAGGGCCUCAAAUUUCUCCCAGUUCCCGCCACUCCAGAGAUCCAGGUCUCAGAGUGCCAGGUGUGCGACAACACAGUGAGUGUUGUUUGGACCUUACCGGAGCCUGACAGCAAGAUAGACCACUACAUACUGGAGCAUCGACGCACAAACCACGAGGGUCCGCCGCGCAUCAGAGAGGACUACCCCUGGAUGGUGGUGGAGGGCAUACGAGAGAUGGAGCACACACUCACAGGUCUGCGCUUUGACACCCGGUACUUGACGUUCAGAGUGAGAGCGUGUAACAAGGCCGUGGCAGGAGAGUUCUCUGAGCCAGUUACACUAGAAACCCACGCCUUCAACUUCAAACUGGACUCUGCCUCGUCCCACCAGAACCUGAAGGUGGAGGACUUGAGUGUGGAGUGGGACAGCAGUGGAGGAAAGAUACAGGACAUCCGCAAGGAAAAGAACCGAACCAACUCCCCGAUGCACUCUCCAGCCAGGUCAGCCCUGAUGUCACCUAAGAGAGCUCCGACAGCCCGGCCCGGCAGAGACAGAUUUACAGCAGAGUCCUACACAGUUCUGGCUGACACCAUGAUCGACGCUGGCCAGCAGUACUGGGAGGUGCGGUUUGACAAGGAGAGCAAAGCCUUCGCUGUGGGUGUAGCCCUGCGGAGCCUCGGACGAUUCGACCAGUUGGGGAAAAGCAGCGCUUCCUGGUGCAUCCAUUUGAACAACUGGCUGCAGCAGAGCCUCACGGCCAAGCACAACAACAAGGCUCGAACGCUGGACUGUCCCAUCCCAAACAGUAUAGGAGUCUACGUCAACUAUGACGAAGGUGUAUUGUCUUUCUACAACGCCAAAACUAAACUGCUGAUGCACACCUUCAAAACCAAGUUCCAGCAGCCAAUUAUACCAGCUUUCAUGGUGUGGAACGGGAGCUUUUCAGUAGUGACGGGCCUGCAGGUUCCCAGCGUGGUGCUAAGCGGCCAGAGGAAGAACAGCGGCACAAGCAGCUCCAACGCCAGCCUCACCUAGACCCAUCAGCUCAGCCAGCUGGACGCCUCCCAGCUCUGCUCGACCACAGUCACCGCUGCAGAACAUCACCUCUGCCCUGGCUGCGGUCAAAGCCAUAUCAUGGAAGAGUUACAUCACUGGAAUAUGAUGGCUUAGCCUGUUCCACAUGCAGUGUCUGUGUUGCAUGACAACAAAAAUGGUUUUGGGAACAAGUGAGUCAUCUGCGCCCUCAGUGACAGAAUUCUUCAGAUGUAUGACUCUGGCUGUUUGUGGUUACUUGGGACACAUUAGCUGUAGUCUUAGUAGUUCUCCUCGCUCUACACAUUCAUUUAGCACUGUCCCACUGCUGCUAGAGCAAUGAUUUAGCGCUGGCCGCUGCCCUUCCUUCCUUUGCAUCACCAAAACUCUCAGUUGUACUAUCGAUGCAGCCAGCUGCAGGUGCAGGGUCAAGGCCUGUCCUGUCUGCUCUCUCCCUGUGCCUUCCUCCUCAUCUCCAAACUGAUAGGCCAAAUCAGGUGAUCCAUACCAACAUGCUAAUAUUUCACUGCAAGAAAUAGCCUCCCUAUUUCAAGUUAAAACAAUAUAUUGUGUCAGUCUUAGUAUAAUCUGGUUGUAAUGUAGCUUAGUGGUAAUUAUCACUUAAUGAUUCUGCCUCUAUCCAUCAACCAACCUAUGUAACCGAAAUAACAACCUGCUCCUACAUAAUGCUACUGAAUAGAAUGUAGUUCAUUACUCAAUCAGGAUUUAUUCUACUUUGCCAGCAACUAAUGGAUUGUAACAAAUGAACAAUACAUAUUAGGGAUGUUGUAUUUAUUUCUUGCCAAGGCAUGCAGACUUAACAGUGUUUACUGCAUUUCACUCUUUGUAGUCAGGUCCCACACUUUGCGUGCAAGAAACUGCUAGUGCUGAGGUUCUGCUAGUUUUAAAUCAGAGUCAGUGUUGGCUGUGGAGUUAAAUCUGACAGCCGGACUCUGCACAGAAAGUUAGAAGGGAGUUUUCUUUAGUGUAACUCCAUGUAGUCAUCAGAUAUGGCUUCAGGAUUUUGGAAAUGACUGUACUGUAUACAUUCUAUUCACCUGACUGCACCCUAAUGCUUGUAUGUACAGUAUGUAUGUGUCUAUAUCUAAUAACACCACUUUAUGUGCUGAAGAGGAAUCCCAUUGAUGAGUAGUGGACUGUCUGUUGUCCAAAUAUAACAAAUAGCUAGCAAGUAGCCUCAGCUAACAAAUUGUAUCAUGAGAGUUAGCCAGGUUUGGGGUCCGCCUGGGUGAGAAACAAAAGUGAUAAACUCUGGAAACUGAUGUUAUGAAGUCCUUAUUCAUGCACCGCCCGACCUCUGUCAUACACAUGGUAACAAGCCUUGCUUUGCCACGUUGCUCCUUCUGUAUGCGUCUCCUGAAUAACUGUAGCCUGCAAUGCUUUAAAGAAGCUGAGAAUUAUGUUAACUUUAUUUCACAUGCUAACAUAAUGUCACAAUUUAUUGUAAAUAGUUUAAUUUUUCCACUACGAUGUAUCAGUCAUUGAGGUAAUAAAGGAGUGAGAGCA